GCUAAAGCCAUGCCUGUUGCAGACCCCUUGAGGUUUCCAGACAUCCAGGCCUCAGUUUCCAGCGUGGCCAAAGCCAUGGCUCUCAUCCACCUUUCGGCUGCCAGCUACCAAGGGCACCUGUGCCCUGAAUUGCCACUCGUCACCCCCAAGACCUUCCUGGACUUCUUGGACACCUUCGUACUGCAGCUGCAGUGGAUGACCCUGCACAUUAAGAACAGGGCCCAGCGGAUACAGAAUGCCCUGCAAAAUCUGAAGAUGCUGAUUGAGAAGCACAGUGCCCACACCACCCUGGUCUUCAACUUGGAGGAGCAGCUGAAAGGCUCCCAUAAGAGCCUUGGCAGACUGAAUCAUCAGAUAGACCAAAUCAAGAUUCUGUACAAGCGGCAGCUGACGGAGUGUCGGCAGCAGGAGAACCUCAUUGAGAACCUGAUCAAGCAGCGGGAUGCCCUGAAGGCUCAGUAUGAGGCUUUCCUAGAGCAGAUGGGCAAGGCAUUUCUGGGGCCCCUGAGCCAGCUGCGGGUGACUGACUUUGAGGAGAUACGAAGUUAUCGAGCACCAGCAGAGUCUGUGGUCCGGGUGACCGAUGCUCUGUGUGAGCUCUUCCACUGUGAGACAGGCUGGGCCAGCGCCAAGCAGCUGCUAUGCUCUGAGGAUUUUUAUCAGGAGCUGGUGUUCUUCCCCAAAGAGAAGAUGACAGAUGCAGAGAUGAUCAAGUUAAACCUGGCUCUCAAAGCUCCAGGCAUGAGUGAUGCAGACUUGCGGGCAGUGAGCAUACCUGUAGCAAGCCUGGCAGCCUGGCUCUGGGCCGUUCUGUGCUAUGGGCUGGCACAGCGCCGAGGACUGCCCACAGGCCUGCUGCUGCGGCAGGUGGAGAUGACACUGGCUCGGGAGCAGGCCCGCCUGGGCCAGUACCAGUUCCAGGCCCAGGAGCUUUUAGAGCACAGUUUGGCCCUGUCCAAGAAUCUGGAAAAUGCCCAAGAUUCUCACAAGCGUGUGGUUGAGAAUCUGGGGCAGGCUCAGUGUGGCCAACAUCACAAGUGGCCGGUUGAGGCUGCCCUGCUCAUGCCUAUGCAUUCCUGGACUACGGAGCUCCAGAAGUUGAAGGGUCACUCCUCCACGGUGCUCGGAGAUGCCCUCUUGUGUUCAGCUGCCAUCAACUACCUGGGUCCCUUCCCACCAGUGCGACGCCAGGAGUUGUUCGACAAGUGGCUGGCUCUCUGCAGGGGCUGUCAGGAGCCGCUGGGCCCAGAUGACGUGGCGCGGGCACUGAAGCAGAUGCAGAAAUCUGUCACCACGUUGCCAAAGAAUCCCCUGCUCUCCACACGCUCUCCCUUCAGCCUUGUGUCCUUGUUGAGCUCCGAAUCGGAACAGUUCCAGUGGGACCGAGACAUGAAGCCCCAGGCAAAGUCAGCCCGCCUGGCAGCGCUGCUUUUGCGAAGUCGCACUCACUACUUCAGUUGCCGUUGGCCCCUGCUGCUUGACCCCGGCAAUGAGGCCCUCAUCUGGCUGAAGCCGCUGCCUCUGGAAGAGGCUGGACGUUUGGCCACCGGUUCCACCAAGGGCACAGGGAAGGGCUUUAAGAGAAAUCAAAAAGGAGAGUCUAAAGAGGAGAACAUGGGAGAUGAAGAUGAUGAUAGUGAUGAGUAUGAUAAAACAAAGGAGCAGAAGGCAGAAGAAAGGAGAAUCAAGGAGACGAAGGAGGAAAAGGAAGGGCAGCAGGAGCAAGAGGAAAAAGAACAGCAGGAUGAGGAGGAAACUCAGUCCCUGCCCCCUCCUGAGCUCCAAAUCUUCUCAGGCGCCAGCCCAGAGCUGGGGCCUAAGCUCCAGGAGGCAGCUGCCCGUGGCCUGCCCGUGCUGCUGACCAACACGGAGCUGGGCCUAGACUGCCCAGAACUGCAGUGGCUACUUCAGCGGGAACAGCUGAGCCCACCCCAGGUGCAGCCUGGCUUCUGCCUCUAUCUGAGUACUACUGUCCCCCUCAAUGCCUUGGAAAAAGUGCUAGGCUGUGAAUUGCUGAAGGGGCUGAAUGUGCUGGACCUGGGCGUGAACACGGAAAUCCUAGAAGAACGGAUGCUGCGGGAAAUCUUGUGCACGGAGCGUCCUGAGCUCGAGAGCCACUGGUGGGACCUGACCAUCAGAUUCGUGGACUCCUGGGAAGCUGCAGGGGAUGUUGAGGAGCGGCUGCUGACGAUGCUACUGCUCCAGGGCCCACGGCGUCAGAAACCAGCCAAGUUCCUGAGAGAUGUGGUGAGGGCCCAGGCAGAGCUGUGUCAGCUGCGGGCCCAUUUAGAGGACCUAGAAGAGCUGAAGCUGAAGGAGGUGGCACUGUGGGCACCCUAUCGGCGUGUGGCCUGGCAUGGCAUGACCAUCAUAAAGGCUCUUAACUCACUGCAGAACCUACUACCACUUUUCCGUAUGAGUCCAGAGGAUUGUCUGGCUGCCACCAAGCGGGCUCUGAACAGCAUAAAGGGUGAGAUUCACCGGCGGGAGGAAGUAACCUGCCGUCUGCUGCAGCUGAAGAGGCAGCUGACCCACCAGCUCCUAGGCAGCACUGUGGCGACACUGGGCCUGACCCGAGUACCCUUGGUGGCCGUCUUGGGUGCUUUGGCUCUGUUGCGAGUGGCAAGGAAGGCGCCAGAGCUGGAGAGGCUGGCCCUCUGGCCUGGACUGGCAGUCUCUCCCAGCACAGGCUGUGAAAAACCAGCCCCAGGUGUGGCUCGACCAGCCUGGCUAGGGCUGAGAACCUGGCACGAAUGUGAGAUGUUAGAGGUGCUGCCUCCAUUUGCUGGGCUGUGUGCAUCCCUGGUGGGCCAUGCCAGUGUUUGGCAGGCUUACCUGUCACUAUCAUCCAGCGUGCUGGGCCCUGCACCAGGGCCAGGGGCUCACCCACUGAGCCUCCUCCAGAAGCUGAUCCUGUGGCGUGUGCUGCGACCUGAGUGCCUGGUCAGCACCCUGGCCACCUUCACCACCAGCCUCCUGGGCCGGCCCCUGGAUGAAAACCUGAGUGCCCACACCAUCCCCUUUGAACAUACUCAGGCUACUCAGCCCAUACUGAUCUUGUUGCCACCACCCGGUCAUCCCACUGCCACCCUGCAUCACCUGACCGUGAUCCAGAAACUGGCUGCCAGACAUAAGCAGGGGAAGAAGCAUCUGAAGGUGAUAGCUCUGGGCUCUGAAACCUGGGAUCCAGUCUCCAUCGUGAUCAGCUCUCUCCAUAAGGCUAUGCUCAGGGGGGAAUGGCUGGUGCUGGAGAACUGUCAUCUUAUGCCUCACUGGCCAAAAGAGCUGCUGCAGCCCUUACUGGGACUGUUGGAUGGAGCCAAGGAGGUCUCGGACCUGGAGUUAGACCUGCUUUUUGCUCAACAAGAAAAUGGGAAUGUGGCUGCUGUCCACAGGGAUUUCCGUCUUUGGCUUACUGUGUCUGCAGAAGCUACUGCUUCCUUACCAGCCAUGCUCACUCAGCACUCCAUGCCUGUUUUCUGGGACCAGUCCCUGGAGCUGGGCCAUGUCCUGGUCGACAAUAUGGAGCUAGUCCAGCAAGGAUUCUCUGAGCAACCCCCAAGCAGGGUGCUGCCUCUGCUUCUCCUACAUGGCCUCCUGCUACACCGGCAGCUCUAUGGAAUGAAGCUGCAGGCUCACAGGGGGCACUGGAGUCAAGUGACCCUGACCCACGUCCUGCAGAUCCAAGACCAGCUGUGGGCCAGCCUUAGCAAUCCUAGUGUUGCCAUGAGAGAGCUGGCCGCUUCGGUCUUCUACGGGGGUCCUGUGGGAGAUGACAAGGACAGGGAGGUCCUGACUAGCCUCACGCGAGCCUGCCUGAGCUCCAGCAGCGGGAAUGGAGCCCAGCCACACACACCUCAGUAUCUGCUGGCCACUCUGAUGCCCAGCCCAGAACUAGAGCUGGAUGCUCUGGAGGAGUGCAAGGCUGAGAUGCACCUACUGCCCUCACCGCCUGAACCCCGGAUCUGCGGACUGAGUGUUGGCUCCCAGAGCUGGCUGUUGCGACGCCAGAGCCGCGCCAUCCUGAGUGCGCUGCAGCGGUGUUCACCUACUUGGGUGCCCGCGGCCCGCGGGACCUCGCGGCGUGCCGAAAGGCGGCUGCGGCAACGCCUAGUGCAAGCCAAGCGGAGGCUGGAGUCACUGCAGGCUCAGCUGACCGAGACCACGCGCCAAGAGGAGUCCGGCGUGGGGUUUGGGGAGCUGGGGCUGAGUGCGCCGCUGCCGCUGGAGGGCUUCCUCAAGAUGGAGGUGCUGGAACUGAGCCAGCUGGUGGGCGCGCUGCAGAGGGACCUGGGUUGCCUGCUGCAGCAGCUGAAGGGAGCGCCUCCGUGUGCCGCCCGGCGCUGUGCCGCGGUGGCUCGGGCUCUCUGGACUGGCCGCCUACCCCCGCCUUGGCGACCCCACGCGCCUGCCGGGCCGCAGCCGCCCUGGCACUGGCUGCGGCAGCUGUCGCGCCGUGGGCAGCUGUUGGUUCGCUACCUGGGUGUGGGAACCCAAGUACCAGAGCGCAUCUUUCACCUGUCAGCCUUUUGCCACCCUCGCCGCCUGCUGCUGUCCCUGCGUUGGGAAGCUACCUUUGCUGUGGUUGCCCCGACAAAUUUCCUAGCUUGCAAAGUCUCCAGCUCCAGUCAGCUCCCCCACAAACGUCAGGAGCUGAUCAGUCCUCUGCACUUCCAGGUGGCGAACAGCCCACAUCCCACAGUUCCAGAGAUGGGGCUGCUGCUGAUUGGACUACAGCUUCACAAUGCCAAGUGGGACCCGGUAGCAGGGGCCUUGCAGGACAGCUCCUCCAGUCAACCCAGCCCUCUGCCUCCCGUCAGCGUCAGUGCCCAGGCCCUAGGGGCCAAUGACCUGCCACCCCGAGGCGGCCUGGCAGUGUAUUCCUGUCCUGUGUACUUGGAAGGGCCCCUGGGCACCACUAGGCUGCACGGGAGGAAGGUCCUGAUGCACCUGCCCCUGCCCACCAAGCUCAGCCCCGCCACCUGCAUCCAACGGAGAGUCCACGUGUGCAGCCCUCCGUUGUCCUGAGCCAAAAUAAAGUUGGACUGAUUUGA